CAAGAAUUAUCAUUAUUGAAACUUGGGGAAUGCAAUAAAGGAAAAAGGAAGAAUCAUAGCUUAAUCAGGAUUUGAUCUUUUCCUAAAUUUAUGCACAAUGACCUCUAUUCUUUCAUCACUGUUAAAAUUCGGAAUCCUGUGCGGAUUUGUUUAUCGAUCAAUAUAUUUGGACCCACAACUUUUUUUUUUUUUUCUACAUAUUCUCAUUUAGGUUAAAAGUAAUCUGGGUUUAAUCACGGAGGUUGAUUUAUUAUCUAUCUUCUCUUUUUGUAACUCUGGCCAUUGUUAAUAUAAAAGCGCUGACUUUUGUUUUCUUCUUUUCCAUUUUCUGUCUUCUUCAAUGUACUAUUAAAAAAAAAUGAAUUAUUCUCUUCCAUCUGAAAUCAUCUCAAAUAUCUUUGAAUACGUCUCAAUGACUGAUCUCGUCAGAGUUGAACGUACCUGUAAAUUAUUCCAAUCAUUUGCUUUAUGCGAAAUUGAAAAACGAAUUAUUCGUUCAUCAAAAGAUGAAUGGGGAAUCUUGAUUCAUUUAGGUCAAGUACUUGCCAAUCCCGUCAGAUUCGAUCCAGAAACCAAACUUGCGUAUUAUGCUGUCGCCAUGGAUCCUGUGAAGAUCAAGACAAUGUUUGAUCAUCGUCGACCCAUUCACUGCUCUCUAUUAAGAAAGAACAUGACCAAAAAGUCAAACAACAUCAGAUAUCAAUCCUACAGCGAAAAAGGUUUCAUCAUCACAGUCGAAAAAGGAAUGCAAGAAGGCAAAACAUUACAAUUGGAUGUUAAAAAUGAAUUAUGUCAGGUCCAUGCAUCGCUGACCCGAUUACCAUCAGCUGCUGCUAAUAUUCAUCAUCAGCAUACAAAAGAAGAAAAUACUCUGCUGAAAAGUGCUCAGCCAAUCAAAUCUAUGGCUCCUUCCCCAUUGACUUAUACCCUCCAAAUCACAGAAUUGUGCUUACCCUUAUCAACCAUUGCAAAAUAAUCAAGGGGAGCUGGUUUUCCCUUUCUUGUAAUUAUACCCCCUCUCUUUUCUUUUUUCUAAAUAU